UGUUUUCGUGACGUCGUCGGUUUCUGGCCGUCGGCAAUGAGCAUGGCCGUAGGUGGGACGUGCGGCUCGGCAGGGCCAAUUUGAAACAAAUUGCGGAGGGACCCUAUUAAUUCAAAGUUAUUAGUGGAGAUGCAUCCUUACCAAACGAGCAAUCGAUUUCACAACCCUGGAUUUCAAUCGUCGGACCGACGACCACUCUAGGUCGACGAGACUACUAGCGCCGGUAUCAUCAUUCCUCAGCUCGGAAAAGCGCUUCGGGAUUUCUCUGCUGCGAUCGCGGAUUUGCGUCCAAUUUUGUUUGAGCGGGGGCCCCCAGCCCUCGUGUAGGAGCUUGAGGAAGCAUGCGUGAGCUGCCCGGUCCCCACCUGAGUGCCGCUGCUGCCCAGGGGAGCCACCGGCCGCAGCAGCCGGCAGCCAGAGACCUCCCCGGAAGCUGGAGCACUGGGCUUGUGGAGCUGCCUGCUGUGGCUGCUCUGAACUGAGCCAGCCUGGAUUCUCACAGCAGAGAAUCUAUGGCCAAGUCUGAAAUUCCAAGCAUAGUGGUCCAAACGGGGGGUUGCCCAAUGGAAGGGGGCGGGCGCGGGACCAAUGGGUCGUCCCCGCCCCCAGCCCCUCCCCCCUGUGGCCCACCGCCCCCCCGCGUUCAACCCGUGCGGCUCUCCAAGCAGUCUGAGGUGGAGAUGGCCGAGGAACAGGCACCGGCACCCGUCACCAUCCGGCUGGAAGUGGGCACCGAAGAGGAGGCCUCCCCCCAGCCAGUGGACAAUACCAGCCGAGCCUCGGCACAGCGGCUAAAGGUGCUAGUGCGCAGCCACGCGCUCCGAGAUGACGCUUCGCCACCUCUGGAUCUCUCGCCCGAGGCAGCCACGGCCUCGCCACAGAUGCUCUCAGUGCAGGGCCCCGUAAGUUGCAAGGUGCUGCCUGGCAACAAGCCUGCCCGUCUGAGCAAGCAGGGCACCAGCAGCUCCCAGGGAAGCCUGGAAGGAUCCUCACCCAGUCUCUCAAGAGACUCUAGCACGGAGACGUACACUGACUCAACGGGUGUGGACCUGGAGCAGUUCAUAGUGGACACGCUGCACAAGAACCACAAGGACCGGGUGAUGAUGCUCAAGAUCGAGCAGGACCUGCUCUCCCUCGUCAAGGACAACAAAAGGCAGUCAUUCAAGUUUGCCCAGAUGAGCUCGUACCACCGCAUGCUGGUGCACCGGGUGGCAGCAUACUUUGGCCUGGACCACAACGUGGACCAGGCUGGCACGGCUGUCAUUGUCAGCAAGACGCGCAACACUCGCCUGCCUGACAUCCGGUUCAAGGACCAGAUUCGUGAGGACCUGCUGUCCGAGGAGCCCAAGAAGCUGAUCCUCAAGCGGGACAGUGCCUCCUUUGAGGAUGGAAAGGAGAGCCCUGAGCGACAGUUGUCUCUGGAUUCGAGGAGGAGCAAGUCGAUCGAGGAGCGAGAGGAAGAGUAUGAGAAGGCCCGUGCACGCAUCUUCAACCAGGAUGAAGGGGUUGGGGACUCCCCCGCCAGCCGCAGUAGCCAAGAGGAGCUCCAGUGGAGCGGCGACAAUCGCCCCUGGAGCAGCACAGAUUCGGACUCGUCGGAGCGGCGCCGGCACUUGGGGGCGCGCCUCCUGCUCGCCCCCAAGACGGCCGAGGGGGUUGCGCAGGGCCCAAAGGAACUACAAAAAGGAGUUGGAAAGAAAGGUGAGCCGCUGGCGGGAGGCAAGUUCUACUCGGUGCUGACCAAGGGCGGUGGGGGUCCGGGUGGCCCGGCAGUGACCAAGGCGAGCAGCUUUGGAGGUGUGUCCCUGCUGCAUCGGGACUCCAGCCUCACGGAGGCACGCAACGCUGCCCUCAGGGCGGUCAAGGCCGACUCAUUCAACGUGAGCUCGCUACCGACGGUGGUGCAGGCGCCACCGCCUGUGGCGACCUCACCUGCCGAGGUGCCCUCGCUGUCGGCUGCACCAGAGUCGGCAGCACCCACGGGGCCGCAGGUCGGCGAGGAAGCGAGUCCCGUGGCUGCUGCCCCAGCUCCUCCACCGCCCCAUGUUGCGACUGCUGCUCCGCACGCACCAAGGCCACAGUUUUAUGUGGCACAGCUGCCAUGGGGUGCUGCACCUAGGGAAGCAGGUGCUCUGUCCUUGCCUCCUAUGUGGCCAUUGGCAGGACCAUCGGUGCUGGAGGCAUCGUCCUUGACUCCAACGGGCCUGCUGCUCAACCCUCAGGCUGUUGCUGGUGUGCCGCUGGUAUCGCCAGACAUGGCAGGUGGGCUGGUCCAAGGAGUGCGGCCUCGAGGUGGGCCUGGCCCCUUGGGCGGUGGCGGCCUGUUGCUGAGCCCCCUGGCUCCCCCACGGGGGCCCGUCCCCACCCAUCCCCACCAUCACCAUCACCAACACCACCAUCACCAUCCGCACCAACAGCAGCCACCGCAGCAGCUGGUGUACUUGCCUUGCGUACAACCACCGACCAGUCUGGAAGCUCGCAAGCCUGGCCUCUUGGAUACUCAGGAGCCACCAGGGUGCGAGGCAGUGGCAGGCCAGCUGGGUUCGCUCACCCUGGUUGGGGGCGACUCCGCCGAGGGUGCCAGUGCGGCGGGACACCCCCAGGGGGGUUUCCUUGUUCAGGCGCCCCUGCAGCCAGGCUUUCUGGCACUGCCGGGGCAUCCACCGCCCACCCCGCAGCAACAGCAACAACAGCAGCAACAUCAACAGCAGCAGCAGCAACAACAGCAACAGCAGGCGCAUGCUGCACCGACAGUCUCUGUCCAGGGUCCCAUUUAUUAUGUACAGCCAGCGCCCAUGACAACGUGCGGGCGCAACUACGUUUCCUCUGUGCCUGAAGCUCAUGCAAAUCCACAGUUAGGUCUGGCAACGGCAGGUCCCCAAACGGGUGCGCUGAUUGCUGGCAGCCCGGUCGGGGGCGGAUCCUAUCCGGUGUGGGGCUACUACGCGCCCCCCAUGGCUGGCCUGAGCAAUGGUGCUGCUGAAGCGGGGCCCCCUCCCCCCACGGCCUUUCUGGGAACCUUUGCGGCUCCCCUGACGGGGCAGGGGGAGCCCUACCACCAGCACCACCACCACCAUGCGCCGCCACAAUCUGCCGCCCCCCCUCAGUCUCAGCACCAGCAACUGGUGCCCAUGUACCUUGUGGCCACCAGCCCACCGGCUGGGCCACCUCACCAGCAGCCACCCCCACCUGCCAGCCUUCCCCUGCGGUACCUGCGGCCACAGACGCCUCCGGCCAGCUCAGCACAGGCGCAGCAGCAGCCCCUGGUGGGCUAUGCCCUCUGCUCAGCUGGACCACCUGUCGUGCCACCCCAGCACCCACUACCGCCCAUGGUUACCGCCUUCCAGUCACUGGUGCCGUGUGUGGCGGCACGUCCUGCUGUGGCAAGCAAUGCAGCGGGAGCUAGCCGUGCCUCUCUGGUUGGUCCAGCCUCGUUUGCUGUGGGCCUACCGGGCUGUGGCAUGGCCAAAAGUGGCACGCCUUACCUAGGCAUGGGAGCACCCACGCACCCUGCAGCAACGACACCGUACGGAGAUGGUUCGCCAGGAGAAAGAGUGGCGUCCGGUGGAGAUGCUUCGUCUAUGGGAAGCAUGGGGGUGUCUGGAGGAGAGGAUGGACAACAUCAUCAUCAUCAGCAGCAGCGCCAUCGCGGGGGAGCUGGCCGCAACGGGUCGCGAACUCCAGCCGCUGCAAGUCAGCCAGCCUCCACUGUGGCUGCCAUGGCUGCCCUGUACCGGCAUUCGCGGGGCCUCUCUCUGCUACCAGACGUGCGACUGCUUGGCCAUCCGCUGCAACAGCAUCAUGAGGGGCCGCCACAAGCCAUGCUGAGGGGAGCACUGCGGCUCGUGUCACAACCUCCACCUGCCCCAGCCACUCUGGGGGCUCGCCCACCCCGAAGCACCCGCAGGCAACCGCGAGCGGCACCCCGUGCCCCCUCCAACCCACCCAGCUCGGCCCCUAUGCCCACAACGUCUAGCACAACUCCUGCGGCAGCAGGUGGCGGCCAGGUGUUGGAAGUGCUGGGCCUGGCCGACGGUCUGGCACCGAAUGAAGUGGAGCAGCAGCUGGAGCCUCUGUUGCGGCUCGGGGCACAGCUGAAGCGGGUUGGCACGAGCCCGCCGCAGCUGCUGGUCUGCUUUGACUCCGCAGCCGCUGCGCAGGGGGCACUUCUCAUGGCUGGCCUACCCUUUCAGCUGCGGCCCUUGCCCCCAGUGGCUUCCCCUUCCUCCUCCAGCGAGCUGCUGCCCCCCCCUCCUUCAUCCAGCUAGCGCCUCUUCGUGACAACAUGCUGCAAAGAAGUGCCGAGCAUGCCAAGAGCUGGGCACGGCAGGAUGACCUACCACCGCCCCGCAGGAAACCUCGCAGUGAAUCUGUCCCGACUCUGUUGUGCGGUUUGAAGGGCUUUGCAGCAAUGGCCUCCUGUGGCGAGCUGCACGAUGUUACAGCACAUAAAGUGAAAUUUUCGUGAUUGUUUCCCGCAAGCUGCUUCCCGGUGUCAAGGCGAGGGCGCAAGCAGCAUUGCCACUUGGGCGCGGGGUCUAUCAAAACAGCACAUUGGCAACUACGGCUCUUUGCCCAGUAAUAACACAGCCACCGGAAGAGAUCAUUACUGCAUGGCACCUAAAACUCUAAAUACUCUUUGGGGGAUGAGACAAAAAGGAGUAUAAAUUACCACCCAUUCUGACAUGCUACCAGGCAACCCUUAAAACUGGGAAAGACAUUCAAGCCAAUGUGGUUGGCUGCACAUCACAAGUGGAACAUCCAUGGCCCUGGGUAUGUUAAGGUAAUGCAUGCUUAAAAGCAUGAAUCAUUGUUUCAGUUGUGUUACGAUUUGGAUGUGUUAUGUACUGAGGACAUUCGUAAGGCAUCUGAAACAACUUGUAAUCAUUAAUAUAAGUAUGUUCAAUUCUUCAUUGGAGUCGUUGUGAAGACAUAUUGGUCCUCCAUCAAUGUAUCACCGGCACUUUUUUUUUCAUGAUGUGGUAAAUCUGUUCAUUCUGAUUUAGGAGCCACAGUUUGUCUGAAAGAUGCGCAGGUCUGCUGAACUGAUAUUUUCUGCACACCUCGUUCAGUAACGUUAACAUUACCACACAUUUAGCUUUUCCAGUCGUGGCUGUAUCCAAACAAGGAUACAAUCCUGUCAUCCUCUUUGGCACACCACAGGGAGGUUUCCUGUCGGGUUAAUCACGAAAGCAGAUUGGGAUAUCAAAGAAAAGUUGGGAGCUCUCUGCACUUGACGAAGCUUAUGGCAGGCCAAACCUGCACAUGCUCCCCGAAACGGUUCCGUUAUUGUGAAAAAUUUGCGAGACUCUUGCCUGUGUGCCCUGUCCAACUGCAUAUGCAAAGCAGAGCCACACAGUGUGGUAAUGGGAUGUGUUCCCGUCGGCUUCAAGAAUGUGCAUAGGAUGUGUGCCAUGCAGGCUCGUACACUUAACCCCAAGGUGUUAUUGGAGGAGUGCUCACCGAACUGACCUCCGAAUAGCCCAAGGCAGCAGCCGUGCCACCUGCCUUUGUAAAAUGUUGAUAGGUUUACACCCUCAAAGGAGAAAAAAAAAAAGUUUUUGGUCAUGUUUCAGUGGCAGUGUUGUACGAGCCGGCCAUUUACGUUAUAAGGGGAGCAGUUGGGUAAAAGGCUGCCUUUUACGUUUGUUUGGAGUGUUUUGCUGUCCAUGUUCCGUUGCUGCCAUAAAAUGUGCAGAGCUGUUUUUGCAAUUGUUCCGAGGGCCCUUCUUGAAAAAUUGCUGCUGCAGCAGUGCUCACGGGUUGUUUUUCAUCAUAGCUAGCAUUGCAAAGCAGCUCUGAUGACUGCUGAUGCUCGUGGGAAAGUGCCCUGCCCCCUCCGUAAACGAAGUACAGUGUAUGUGUGUGUGUGUGUGUACCCUGUGCAGAGGAGAUAAUAGGGGUCCUGUGGCCAGCACAUUGUCGGCAGUGUGCCACGGCAGCUGUGGACUUCGGGAUGACACAGAAGGUGGCAGCGGUUCGGCAGUGUAACGUGGCGAUGCAUAGCUGUCAUUCUUGGCAUUGACUAGCAGUCAGAGUUGACUGCAGUCUGCAUCCUCUGAAAGAAGCUUUGCCCCCUCUAGACACUGUUUGCGCCCAAAGUUUAGGGUUGUUACCUUGCAGGGAGGGACCUGCGUUCAAUCCCGCCUGGCACAACUUGCGAUUCGCCUAGUUUCCAGCCAUUGCAUUGCAUUGCUAGUCAUUGUGUAGUACUUUCCUCAUACCUGCCAGUUUUUUGCACUCUGAAAGACUUAGAGCAGAAUCGGCCAGUGGCGACAUGCAAGCAUUAUCACGGAUCUCUGUGGGAGAAAAUGAAAAAGGCAUUGGCCCCGUGCUGACUUGCUGGUGGCUCUCUGGAGCAGCCACAGAGACACGUAGUGGUCGCACCCGUGUGUGUUCGUCAGCCAUGUUCUUUUACCCUAGUCUCUGUGCGACACCACAGUGUGUUAAAAGUUUGAACACACAUUGUGACAUCUUUUAGAACUUUGUUGCAUUUUUUUUUCUUUGUUCGUACCUGGGAGGGCUUUGCGCAGACGGGCAGCCACAAGAGGAGGAUUUUGGUGGGCAAGAUCAACAGAUUCUCUGUUGUUGUUUAUUGGAUGGACAUGAUUUUACUAUUACUUUGCUGUGUGCCUGAAACGGGUGUGCAUUCUCCCUCAAGUCGUGUGCAGUCAGACUGGGCUGGUCACAGUGACUGCCAUGAUUUGAGCCAUCUAACUUGGCACAGCAGUGCCCCUGGCGAGCACAAAAGCCAAGUGAGAGGUUGCAGUGGGCAUUGCAUGUGUGUGGCCAUAGGAACUCCUGUCACCUUUUUUUUUUCUUUUUUUUUUUUUUGGCCUGUGUUGAGCUCCACCGUCAUGGUUUGUUGUGUGCUACAAUCCAGUGUGCCAACAGAGUCGUGUCACUGACACGUGUGACCAAGUUACACACCCAUGCAGAAGGCUGUGGAGGAAAAAAAAAAGGCAGCAUUUCUAUUUCUUCUGCAAGGCACUUCGCGAUGAGGGCGAACUGCGUUACCAGUCACUGACCUCUCCGCAAGUCAUCCUGUUUUACGCCCUUUUGCUUCUUGCUCUGUCGAAGGAGGUGCUCACGGGGUUGAGUGAUUCAGAAGUGCAUCAGGAAUAUUUAUUUAUUAAAAGUUGAACUUUGCUUUAUUAUACCUGGGCAUUGAGCGUUGACCCGGGAACUGUGAGAGUUGGAUGUACACGAAGAGUGACGUACGUGCAGGUGAUUGUUGCACUAUUGAGAAGUUGGAAGCGUAUUUAUAAGAGUUGCAGCAGCUGUUCUCCGACGCAGUGGCACCCUCUACGCCGCUGUCCGGUGGAGCCAAGACGGAUUGACAGCAACUGUAAAGGCAGUGCGUUGUGUGCCAAUUGUUAACAGAAACAGCGGGACAGCACUGGCAGUCGCCAGUUUGGCUUUCUUUCUGCACUGUCCGAGCAACCUGGCUCGAGAAACUGUGGAGCGUGUGCCAGGCUGCCGACUCACAAGUCUUGCGUUGGUGCGAAGGGAGUAAGAGAAAAGGCAGAUGUUGCAGCGACCUUCGCCACAAUAUAUUUUUUUUUUUUACAUUCCGUGAAGAGUUUUAGAGAAGCCAUGGAGACAUAUGGAGGACGUGCAUGCAAAGCUGACCACAAAGCUGCAUCACUUUCUGGCAAAAAAAAAAAAAAAAAAAAGCGGACGCGAUCGAAAGUAACAGCAGCUGCAGCAAACCACCCGGGAGGAGGAUGGAGAAGAAGCGAGGGGGGAUCACCCGCAUCUCAUAUGCAAGUAAAAAAAAAAGUACAUAGGCCUUGUUUCCCCCCAAGUAGCAGCCCACCGUGGACCUAGCUCCUCCUCCUCCGCCCCGCACCGACCACGUGAUCCCCGACACCCUUCGCAACCUCAUUUGAGGGCUGGGAGGUCACUAUGUACGAGCAAGCGCUGUUCUUCCGGCCUCUUGUGUACAAAACAAAAGUGAGCCACGUGUGCGCGGCCAGGUGUCAGCUCAAGAACGGACCCUUCGUCGUGGACAUAGCGACAAGGCCAGCACCUGGCUGCCGCCGGUCGGCAGCUCGUCCUCCGUUCCCGCUCAGAGAGAGAGGCGUCGGAAGCGUGUCGUUCCCUCUCAACCCCCACCGCACACCUUGGGAACCCUCACGCUGCAGAGAACAACUGCGAUGAGGCGCGAUCCCCAUUCUGGCCGAGGGACGUACGUUGAGCAGGGUGCAUCGAGCGCCCCACAGGUGACGAUGACCACGACGGUGUCCGGGUGCCGAAGGACGACACGUCGCGACAAAUUGCAAACAAGGGAAUCUGGACACGCGGAAAACGACGACAAAAGGCCGUAGAGUUUUUUCUAGGUGUUUUUUUACAUUUUUUUACAUUGCCAGAAUUGUUUUGUGGUGUCACGUCCCAUGCGCUGCAAUCACUCAUGUUAGGAAGAAAUAAACCUGUUGGAAUUUGUC